AUGGGCUCUGAUCCUGCUGCCGCAGCAGCAUCAUCCCAAGGAAGCCUUUCUGUCAAACCUGGGAGCUCAAGCUCGGGCAGUUACUUCAUCUCCCUGAAAGAGGAGACUGAGAAGAAGCACCUGGAGAUGCUGGAGAGAAUGGUGAACCAGGAAAAUCCCAUUGUGAUAUACACCGAAAUGGAACAUAUUGGCAGCGGGGGUUUUGGACAAGUGGUCAGAGCACUCAACAAUGCCACAGGAGGAGAGGUGGCCAUAAAGAAAAUACAUCUUCAAGGACUGAGAACGAAGGAACUAACUGUUAAUGAAAUCAUGAUCAUGAAGAAGUGUAGGAGUCCCAGUGUUGUGAAUUAUUUAGACAGCUACCUUCUGGGUGAGGAACUCUGGCUGGUCAUGGAGUACAUGGAUGGAGGCGCCCUGAGUGAUGUCAUCCACAAGACCUUCCUGUCUGAAGACCACAUUGCAGCCAUCAGUCGGGAGUGCCUGCAAGGACUGGAUUUUCUUCAUUCAAACAAUGUGAUCCAUCGAGAUGUGAAGAGUGACAACAUCCUUCUCAGAACCGACGGCUCUGUCAAGCUGACUGAUUUUGGCCUCUCUACUCAGCUCAACUCUGAGCAGAGCAGACCAUGCUUGGUAGUCGGAACUCCUUGGUGGAUGGCGCCUGAAGUGGCGACAGGUCAACCAUAUGGCCCCAAAGUGGACAUAUGGUCUUUUGGAAUUGUGGGCAUUGAAAUGUUAGAAAAAGAACCUCCUUACUGGGACCAAAGUCAUGCCUCGGCUCAACGACUGAUAGCCAAAGUAGGGACCCCAAAACUGCAGCAUCCCAAGCUCCUCUCAGCUUUGCUGCGUGACUUCCUGAGCUGCUGCCUGCAGAGAGACGAGGAGCAGCGCUGGUCAGCCAAGGAGCUCCUGCAGCAUCCAUUUGUAAGAUAUGCUGAGCCUGCGUCCAGCCUGGUGUCACUGAUUGUUUCAGUGAAGAGGAAGGAGACAAACGUGACAAUCACAUCAGGACCAUUUAUUUAUUCCUUAACAGGUGUAGAGUAG